AUGCCCCACCGCAACUUCAAAAGCUGCGUGACCGACGGAGUUAAGAUAUGGUUCCAGAACAGGCGAAGCAAGUACAAGAAGAUGAUGAAGGCGGCACAAGUGGGUGCUGCACCUCCUAGUUUAGGAUUACCACCCGGCAGUCCCCCAAGCAACAACCAAUUAUUACACGGAGGCGGCGGCAGUUCCAGUGGUUCCCAACAUUCGCCGUCAGCAUACCAGGGUGGACCCACGCAAGCCCACUCGCCCACGCCUAGCUCCACACCAGUAUCGGAGCUAUCUCCCGGUCUAUCCCCCACGGGGACGCCUUGGGAUGUGAAGCAGCCGCCGCAAGCCUCCUGGGAUGUAAAGGUCGGAUAUCCUUCUGCAGGCCGGUCGCCGGACGGCACGUCGUGUGACGUGAAGCCUCCACACCAACAGUCGUGGGAUCCAAGGGUCGGUUAUGAUGGUUUUUACGAUCGGAUGGAAGAUAUAGAGGGAUCGUCUUCUGAAGACCUCAUGAGGCGUCCAUUGCCGUGGAUGGUCAAGGGGGCGCCGCCUGGGCCUUGGGACAUGAAGGGGGCGCACGCCCACGCGCUCCAUCACCAGGGGGCGCCACAGCCGCACCCGCCCUACGUGCCGCAGUACUCCUGGUACCAACCCGACGCUAACCCGGGAUUACUGACGUAA